AUGUCUUCUUCAAUUUUCAUAUCAUCAAUAUUCUCCCUCUUGUUUCUAAUGUCGAAUCUCAUGGUCGAUACUUCUGCCGAAUCCUUGAUCGAAACAGCUUGCUCCAACGACCGUCUGUAUCCCGAGAGGACUAAAGCAUGCAUCAAAGUCCUUCGAUCCCAUCCCGAAAUCGCGUCCGCUAAGAAUUUGUACGACCUGUCGAUUGCAAUUAUGAAGACGGGACUGUCGAGCUUUACAAGCGCGCAAGCUUACAUCAAGCGCCAAUUGAAAAGGGCGAAUGUGGGCCUAGACGUGAAGGGCGCCCUAAUAGCGUGCAAUAACUCUUACUAUAGUGGCUAUAUAUCGUUCAACAGCGCGCUGUCAGAGGUACGAGACGACAAAGAGUACGAAACGGCCACUUACGAUCUUCUCGUCGGCUGCACAGAUGACAUCCAAUCGUGCGAGGACAAUGUGGCCUUGGGGAAAAUCGAGGACCCGAUUAUUUCGAGAACUAAUGACCUUGCUAGUAUAUAUGGGCUGUCCGCUUAUGAGGCUGUUAAUGAGCUUGAGCAAGGAAAAGAUGUUUAG